AUGUGUUGUACCGCCGUUUUUCACAAAGUGGACUUCGAUUUCUGUCGCAUCUGUGGCGGAAAGCACACGAUGAUAGAGCGUCGACUGAAGUGCUCAAGCAAAACCUGUAUAAAGUUUGGCAAGUGUGGAGUUGUGUGGAAGGUAUUCCAUUACAAGGGGCAAGAUAAGUGGCGUGUACUUGUGAACUCUAACGGCCACGCGAGAGGAGUGCUCACGUGCAGCGAACAACACACUCCCCUCGUCACUCGCCCUAUGAAAGCGUUUAUCGCUACCCAAGAUGAGGUUGGACUGCCACCCCGGGUUAUCGAGGUCCAUCUGAUGAAACAGGUCACCAUUCGACCGUCGCGGGGAGGGUGUACUACGCUUUCUCAGGUUCAGAUCGCCCUAAAACGUAUCCGAAAAGAACAAGGGCCCAAGAACUCUAUCCAAGCAAUUCACAGACUG